CAGUAAUUCCCCGGUGAAGGAGCUGAACCUGAGUUGCAAUGACCUGCGAGAUGCUGGAGUUCAGAUGUUGUCACAGGGACUGAACCAGGCAAACCUGGAGACACUGAGACUUGCCAGCUGCAACCUCACUGGAAAUUCCUGUAAAACUCUGGCCUUGGUUCUGCAGGCAUCAGAGUCCCACCUGAGGGAGCUGGACCUGACCAACAAUGACAUAGCAGCUGCCGGAGUACAGGAAUUAUCUCCUGCAUUGAGUCACCCCAAUUGCAAACUUCACACACUGAUUCUGGCUGGAUGUUACCUCACUGGAGAGUCCUGUCGCCCUUUGGCUGCAGGUCUGCGGUCAGGUAACUCCCACCUGAGACACUUGGACCUGACCAACAACGACCUGGGCGAGCUGGGAGUGGGCCAGCUGUCUGCCGCGCUCGGUCAUCAGGACUGCAAACUCGAAAUACUGAAGCUCUCUGGCUGUCUGGUGUCAGAGAGGGCUUGUGAGCUUCUGGCCUCGGCCCUGACAUCAAAGCCCACCUCCCUGAAAGAGCUCGACCUGACCUACAAUCAUAUGGGAGCCUCUGCUGUAAGUCUGCGCUCCAAACUUCAACGAGAGGGGUGCCAACUUAACAUAGAUAGUAAUGCACAACGCUGGAUGAAACCAGCUCUACAGAAAUAUGCCUGUGAGCUCACGCUGGACAUAAGCACAGCCCACCCAGAGCUCGUCCUCUCGGAAAACAACCAGAGGGUCACCAGGGUGGAAGAGGACCAGUUAUACCCUGACCGGCCCCAGAGGUUCGACUGCUGCCCCCAGCUCCUGUGUCUGGAGGGCCUGACUGGCCGCCACUACUGGGAGGCGGAGUGGGGGGGCAGCGAGGUCGUCAUCGGAGUGGCAUACCAGAGUAUCCUCAGAAAGUCCCACGGGGCCAUCUGCAAGAUCGGCCUGAACACCAAGUCUUAUGGCCUGUGGUGCGAAGACGGCCACUACGCAGUGAGGUACGACGUUAACGAGACGACAUUGACGCCUGCCUGCUCGGGCUUCAGCCGAGUCGGGCUGUACCUGGACUGGCCGGCCGGAUCUCUGUCCUUCUACGCCGUUUCGUCGGGGAAACUCACCCAUCUGCACACGUUCCACUCCAGGGUCGGGGAUCCACCGCGUCCGGGGUUCUCGGAGGCCCUCUUCCCGGGGUUCUGGCUUCACCGGAAGUGCACCGCCUCCCUGUGCCAGGUGAAAUGAUCGCCAUUGGUGAUUGGUGCCAAAACAAACAAACAAACAAAAAAAUUAUAAUAAUUACACUGUUCUACCUUCUGUUCUGUACCACUGUUCUUCCGGUUUGGAUCGGACAAGUGAUUUAAACUGCUGUGGCACUCGAAAGGGGACCAGAAUCUGUAAGGGAGUUAUAAAUGAGUUCACACAACCGUAGGAGAAAGAAAGUUGUAAGGGAUAAUGUCCAUCAAGGUGUCACGUUAUACAACAUUAAUGUAGGAAGGGGAGGCAAAUCAUUUCACAUCGCAAAGUGGAGCAGAGUAUAUCUGCCAUUAAUUUCGUAUAACGAGACACUUUGAAGGCUGUUAUACUUCAACUAUACCCCGGGUACCACACAUUGAAUUCAAUUCAAUUCAAAGGACACAAUUGGUUCUGUUUAAAAAAGAAAUGUGUGUGUGUUCCACAUUCCACAGAUGUGUAUUCUACCAAUGAAAGUAUGGUGAUCAGACUCAUCAAUAGUCAUAAUUGACCUGACAGAUGUCACGUUCACCCUAGGCUUUAGUGAUAUACUUGUUCACUCUAUCACCCCCCAGGGGCCAGUGUAGGAAUAUACAGUAGGUGAAGGCCGUUGUUACCAAUUGCUUGUGAUAUAAUUAACAGAUUAGGUAUUUUUGACUAGACUGCUCGUGAUUUGUAUUGGCUUUCCCUUUUUUUAAUUGCUUUGACUUUUAUUGCCUUGAGUUUAAAUGUCCUGAUAUUACAUCAAGUGUUAACAACACUAUGUCAUGAUAUUAUGUCAAGUGUUAACUACACUAUAUCAUGUAGCUUAGUGUUUAGACAGCUGAUUUAAAAAAAUGUCGGUGUGUUCACUUUGAGCGUGUUCUCUAAAAAGACCUUUUGAAUUGGAGAGCUGCUGUUGCUAGUUUGAGUCUUAUUGGUAUUUGCUUUACACUGUUCCUAUAUUUGGUUUGCUGUGAUCAACUCAGGUGUGUGGUUUGAUGCAUUUGUAUGCCUCUUCUUGAUGCACAUUACUGGUUUUGUAUUUUAAGGACACUAUACUUUGCAGAAGAAACUCUCAGAUGUAAUGUAUGAACCUUAUCUUUUAUGUUCUUUGUUUUUGUGUUUUCAUACUUAUUUUAAUAAAACCGUGAAAAUA